AUGAAGAGGAGACAGACAGAGGAGUGGCAGAGCCCAGCUGCGGAGACAAAAGGAGACACAUGCACAGACAACAUAUAUCUUAACACAGAAGCUGCAGCAACAGGCAGCAGCAGCAAUAGCCAGCAGCAGCAACAGGCAGCAGCAGCAGCAGGUAGCAGCAGCAACAAGCGGCAGCAACAGGCAGCAGCAGCAACAGGCAGCAGCAGCAGCAGGCAGCAGCAGCAACCAGCAGCAGCAGCAACCAGCAGCAGCAACCAGCAGCAGCAGCAACCAGCAGCAGCAACCAGCAGCAGCAACAUGAACAGGGGGGACCCUAGCGAGCAUCAGCGGGAGAGAGGAGACAGGAUACGGCCGAGAGGAGACAGAGGAGACAGGAGAGAGGAGACAGAAGAGAAGGAGCAAGAGACAGAGGAGAGGAGGAGACAGAGGAGAAGAGGCAGGGGACAGGAGACACAGAGAGAGGAGACAGAGAGAGAGAGAGGAGACAGGAGACACUAG